AACAGUUAGAUUAAAAAUGUCGUGAACAAAUUUUCAAGCCCAAUAAAAAAAUUAAAUUAUUGUGUCUAUAAUACAUAGAUUACAAAUAUUGGCAUUGUAAUGAUGAAAAAGAAGUGUUUUAAAAACUACGAGAGAUUUUGAAUUGAAAAAAUGUCUUGAUACAUCAGUUGUGGAAUAUACAUAUCUAAUACGUAGUAUCCCACAAAAUUUGACAUUUUCACUUUUUUUGAAAAAUGGAAUCAUUGUAACAAUGUGCAGCUUAUGUAAAAAUUUUAGAGGUCAAAUUGUUUAUUUAGUAUUUUUGAAUAAAUAUUAUAAUAUGUCGUAUCCCACACGCAGACUCACGCAUUCUAAUAUGUCGUAUCUCACAUUCCUAUAAGUUUAGUCACGCUUAAUAUUUUUAAUUUUAAGUUAAUUUUAAGGAAGUAAUUAACGAAAUGAGUAAGAAGGUACCAUUUGGUCGUGAAUACGGCAAAAGAGAUAUAAUUUACAAUCUUUUGAAACAUAUUUUUCCUUACACUUUUACUCCUGUUAUGUAUAGAGAAACUGGAGAUCAAUCAAUUUUUUAUGUAGAUGAAGAAGAAAUAGCUAAAAAAUUGGCUGCAUUAAAUGAAAAAAUAAAAACAUCAGAUAAUUACAGAAUAAAGUUAAACAUAGAAAAAGGAUUUCCUGAACAUGGUCUUGAAAAAUAUUCCAAAAAGAUAAAAAAAAUAGAUGAUACUUUGAGCAAAAAAUUAAAGUAUGUUGCAUCAAAACGACUGUGUGAGAAAACCAAGACACUUGACUUGUCACAUUUUCACUGCGAUCCAUAUCUAGCUGACGAUUAUUUCUGUGCUCUAUUUAUACCAAAUAUAUUUUCAACAAUAAUGAAUUUCGUUUUUGACUAUAUGCCCGAUUUGAAAGUAUUGGACCUCAGAAAAAAUAACCUGCGGCUCUCUUCUACUCUAGCGGCAGCUAUUUUAAGAUUUUCACAUUUAAAAAAAAUUUAUUUGAAUAAUAAUUUGAUUAAAAAUUUAAAUGGCCUCAAUUUAUUAAAAAAUUUGAAAUUAGAAGAAUUAUAUCUUUCUGGAAAUCCUCUUCGUGGCAAUAAUGUUCAAAACAAAAAAGAAUAUUUCAAAUAUAUACAGAUAAUAUUUCCUUCACUAUUAGUACUGGAUGGUUUCCAAGUUGGUUUCAAACCAAUUGUUAUCGACUUAGAAAUGGAAGAAGAGGAAGAACGAAAAUUUCCAAUGUCAUUAAAAAAUUUUUAUCCUUGUGCGGAGGCACAAAAAAUAGCUAGGCAGUUUAUUAAAAAAUAUUUCGCUAUUUUUGAUAGCGACUCACGUGAGCCACUGCUUAGUUUGUAUGACAAAUUAUCAUUCUUCAGUCUGACUAUUAAUUCAGCUACUCCGAAGUCUCAUGAAUCGAGAAAUAUCGAAGAGUACGUUCCGUUUCAUCGAAAUUUGAUAACAAUGAAAGUAGCAGAUAAACGAACAAAUUUAUUGAAGCACGGAAGAUUACCAAUUGUUACUUUGAUGUCACUUCUGCCAGAAACAUAUCAUUAUUUAAAUAGUUUUUCAACCGACGUUAUCUUACAAACAGUCGGGACAAUGAUGAUAUGUAUCAGUGGUUGCUUCAAAGAAUUAAAUACCAAAGGAAAAUCAAUGUUUUACUUCAACCGUACAUUUAUUAUUAAGUUGGAAGCUGAUGAUUGCACGAUUAUAAAUGAUCAACUUUAUUUGUCUUAUCCAACACCAAAGCAGAAAGAGCAGGCUCUUGAUAACUUUGGUGUUAUCGAGAGCAAGCUUCUGAUAACACCAAAGCAGGAAGUGCAAGAUUUUACAAAUGUUUUUACUGUCCAAUCAUCAGCGGCAUCAUCAACAUCAUCAACAGUAGUGGCAUUAAAUCCUCUACCUCCUUCGACACUUAAGUUAUCAUUAAUAACUCCUCCACCGACAUCAGUUCUAUUAACAGCUAACACUGAUCCUGUUAAUUCUACGUCUAGUUCGGAAAUCGUCAAUGAACCAACAAUUAAAAGUGAACCUUCAUCUCCACCACCACCAACAUCAUCAACAGUAGUGGCAUUAAAUCCUCUACCUCCUUCGACACUUAAGUUAUCAUUAAUAACUCCUCCACCGACACCAGUUCUAUUAACAGCUAACACUGAUCCUGUUAAUUCUACGUCUAGUUCAGAAAUCGUCAAUGAACCAAUAAUUAAAAGUGAACCUUCAUCUCCACCACCACCAACAACUCCUGAGCAUGAAUUAACUGAUGAUUCUUUUAAAGAAAAACUAACUAGUCUCGGAGAUAUUAUACGCAAUUGUCUGUCAGCAAUUGAUGGAUUUUUAAAUGAUGAAAAAAUUCAAAAAAAGUUGGAUUAAUUUUUAAUUUCUUUAAACAGUUAUCAUAAUAAUAAAAGAUUAUUAUUACUUGUUAAAAAUUUUCAAGCAACCGUCUGUGACAUUUUUAUUAUUUUAGUUCUUAAUAGAAUUAAAAAAAAAAGUUUUUUUUUUAAAAAACCGUCUAUAACGAACUAUUUUUAUAAAUGCUGUAAAUAAGUCUAAAAAUUUAAAUUUUUACAGCUAAAGUUUUUUUUUAUCAGAUAAAAAAAUUAUAAUAAUUAUUUCUUACUUUUUUUUUCUUUUUAUCAUUCAAAUAUAUCAAGAAUCCGCUGUCCAUAAAUUGGAUCACUUAAAACACAGAUUUUCACUCUGAACUCAGUUUUGAAGUGUAACGUUACACCUCUUACGAUGAUUUAACAAAAAUUUCUUUUCAUUGCUAUAAGUUUAAACUAAAUAAAAAUUCUAAAUUACCAACUCCAAAUAAAUAUUUAUGGUAUGAAUUUAUUACUCAUAAAAUUUGCAUAAAAGUACCAAAAGAAAGUAACAGAAUGUAUAUUAUGUUAAUAAACAAAAAAAAAAUCCGAACGGAAACAGGGGCGUUAUGAACUAAAUCAUUGCGGGAUGUUAUGUCACAUAGAACGAGGGUAACGCAAGUAGUGUAGUGUUGUGUAGGAGAUGACAUGCGGGCGGAAUUGACGGCGAUGACAAAAUGUGUCGUCAACGAGCUAAAGAGAACAGAACACACGAGUACUAAACUACUGUGCUGGGGGCAGUGGCGUGUAGGACGCCGAUGAUGACAUAAUUGGUAUCAUUCGGGGUCUUCUUUUGAACCCCAAUAAUUUUCAAUGAAUAAGUGUAAAGAUCUAAUAUUUCAUCUUGUACUGCCUUGCUAUCGUUCAUUUACCCUUCAUCUGCCCACAUUUCAAUUAUUACUCUAGUUUUUUUUUUAUCUCUUUAUCUUUAUCAUUUUUUUUUUCAAUUAUCCAAUUAAAUCAUAAGCUUGAUUUUUUUUUUUAUCAUUCACAAGUAUAAAUAUCAAAAUAUAAUUAUUAAAUUAGUUUAUAUAUUGUUCCAAAACUUGUAAUUAAAACUAAAUUUAAAAAAUAAAUAAAUAAA